AUGCGAUCCACAGCUCCUGCGGCUCCCGCGCCGAUCCAGGCCGUUGCUUCCCCGAACGCGGAUACCACUUCGAAGCCCAAGCCUUGCUGCGUGUGCAAGGACGAGAAGUCCGUACGAGACGAAUGCAUGCUCAUGUCGAAGGCUGCGAACCCCGAAGAGGACUGUCAGACGACGAUACAACAAUACCGAGCCUGUAUGGAAACUUUCGGGUUUAAGGUAUAA